AUGAUCUUCGUGUACUUACUUGCUCUAGCUAUAUGUUCAUGCAACUCGUACAAAGUUCUCGUCAUCAACCCAAAGAUAGGCUACAGCCAUAUGAAUUUCAUGGGACGGAUAGCUGAUACGAUAGCUGAAGCUGGUCACGAAGUAGUCACCCUACAGCCGGUGCUUGAUCCGGGCCUCCCUACUAAUGGAACUACAAAAUCGCGUGUCAUCCAACGUGGUCCAUUUGGUGCGGCUCGCAGUACAAGGAGGGACGACAUGAAGCCCAUAUGGACAAGCAGUACAUCAAAUCCUAUUGGUCUAUUUAUGUUCAUUCCAAUGAUUUCUGAAAUCUCGGUGAAGACUCUAACGCAUCUUCUAGAUGACAAGCAACUUCUAGAGCAACUGAAAGCCGAAAAAUUUGACGUCGCAAUUACCGAGCUCUUCGACUUCGUAGGAAUAGGUAAGCAAAGCUGA